GUUCUUUCAUUUUAUCAAAACCGUAAAUCCAUCUCUUCAUAUUCCACCAACAUUCCCAACAUAAAAUCGUUAUCCUCUAUCGUUAAAAUCCCACAAGAUUUAAUUAAUUGCUUUUAUCCCUGAAUCAAAUCCCAUAUCCCGCAGUCUUCAAAGCGUAUCCAUGGCUUCAAGAACUGCCACAAAAGACAUAAUCACUCUUCGCGGAUCGGCCGCCAUAGUCAGUGAAUUCUUCGGUUAUGCUGCAAACAGUAUUUUGUACAACCGUGCAGUUUACCCCGAAGAAAGUUUUGCAAAAGUCAAGAAAUAUGGACUUCCAAUGCUGCUUACUCAAGAUGAAGGUGUCAAAUCAUUCAUUUCCAACUUAAAUGCACAGCUUUCUGAGUGGCUGGAAUCUGGGAAGCUGCAGAGGGUAGUUCUGGUAAUCAUGAGCAAGGCCAGUGGUGAGGUUUUAGAGAGGUGGAAUUUUAGUAUUGAGACGGAUAAGGAAGUUGUCGAAAAGGGAGUUUCAAGAGAGAAAAGUGAUAAAGAAAUUAUGAGAGAAAUUCAAGCAAUUAUGAGACAGAUAGCAUCCAGCAUUACAUAUUUGCCAUGUCUUGAUGAACCCUGUGUUUUUGAUGUGUUAGCCUACACAGACACAGAUGUGGCAGUCCCAUUUACUUGGGUUGAGAGUGACCCUAAACUGAUAGCCAACCCACAGAUGGUGAAAUUGCACUCCUUUGAUACUAAGAUACACAAAGUUGACACUUUGGUAUCAUACAAGAAUGAUGAAUGGGAUGAGGCAUAAAGGAAGGAGCAAAAUUUGUGUGUUCACUCUUUGAAUGCCUUUUUCAGUGAAUAAUUGAUUCACAUUUUGAUUCAGUGAAGUGAAUCAUUGAUUCACGUUGUAUUUCAGUUGUAUGUGGAAUUGCAAAAAAUUCAGACCAUGCUUUCUUUUUCCCC